AUGUUCAGAAAAUUCACAAAAGAAGAUAUUCAUUCACGUUCAAAAGUGAAAUCCUCCGUUCAAAGAACAUUGAAGGCUAAAUUGACCUCUCAAUAUCCAAAAUUGGAAGAUGUGAUAGAUGAAUUAAUACCAAAGAAAAGUCAAAUUGAAUUAAUUAAAUGUGAAGAUAAGAUACAACUAUAUACAGUUGAUGGUGAAGUUUUAUUUUUCCAAAAAUUCGAUGAAUUAAUUCCAACUUUAAGAUUGGUUCAUAGAUUUCCUGAAGCUUAUCCAACUGUUCAAGUCGAUAGAGGUGCCAUUAAAUUCGUCUUAUCAGGUGCAAAUAUUAUGUGUCCUGGGUUGACUUCCCCUGGUGCCAAAUUACCUGAUGCUCCUGGGUUUGAAAAGGAUUCGAUCGUUGUUAUUACUGCAGAAAAUAAAGAUAGUGCUCUUGCAAUUGGGAAAUUACUAAUGAGUACAGAAGAUAUUAAAUCAAUUAAUAAAGGUCAUGGUGUUGAAAUGAUUCAUCAUUUAGGUGAUCCAUUAUGGAACUUCACUACUGACUAA